GGCUCGCUAAGACACGGCAGGAGUAAAACGCUGUGCAGGAAGUGGUCACCGUCGGUGUCAGUGCAUCUGCUACCAUCCCACCAUCUGUAAAGUGCAUGGCCCUUGGUCUGUGAUGUCAAAGAAGAGUGAGUCGAGCCUGUUCCCUUGUCAAGAUGGCAGUGGCCACGGACUGGCUCAACAGCGAGCUGUCCUGCCCUGUGUGUUUGGAGCUGUUCACACCUCCUGUGUUGGUCCUGCCCUGCUCCCACAAUUUCUGCAAGAGGUGCAUUCAGCAAACCCUGCUUGACCAAAACCAAGCGCUGGAGACCAGAAGGUUCUGCUGCCCCGUCUGUCGAAAGAGGAUUCGCUUGAGAGGAAGAGGCAUUGACAGAUUAAAAAGAAACAUUCUUCUUGAGAGCAUAUCAGAGAAGUUUAGGCAGGAGAAGGCCAACGCCAAAGUAAAUGAGCAGAACCAUCAGCUGCAAAUAUGUGAGAAACAUGAAGAAUUGUUGAAUUUGAUGUGCUUAGAUGAUGACAUCCCAAUAUGUGUAAUCUGCAAAGUGUUUGGUGAACACUCUUUACACAAUGUGGUGAGACUCGCUGAUGUCUAUGAAGAAAGGAAGAACAGCUUUACUAAAGAGAUCAAGAGUAUGUAUGUGAGAUCUGAAAGUGCAGAGAGGAACAGCACGAAAAUACAAAAAAUAAAGAAUGAUCUCAUCAUGUCUGCUGAGGAAACCAAGGCUAUGAUUGAAGCAGUGGGGGGCUCCAUGUUAACAAUGAUAAAAUUGAAAAUGUCAGCAAUAAAGCAGCAGGUGGACCUUGAAUGUGCAGAAAAAUGUACCCACCUGCAUGCCACCUUGGAUGCCCUGCAGGCUCCACAGCGCCUCUACAUGCAGAUGAAGACGGUACUGGAACAGCACUCAAAUCAGGUCCAGUUUCUCAGAGAAGACAGCAAGUUGAGGGCAGAGGCAUCCAAUAUGCUCAAAGAAAGCAUCCCCGAAAAGGUUCAAGAAGCAGUCACUAUUUCUCUGGGUCAGUACUUGGAGGAACUGCUCAAAAAUGUUCAGAUUUAUAUGGAGUGCCCUGCUCAAGCUACAAAUUUUCUAAUGAAAAUUUCAGAAGUGUAUAACACCUGGAGAUAUGGCUACUCGGAGAAGGAUGCCCUGUCUUACACCCACCUGGAUAACUUGAUAUACAGUUUUCUGGCCAGGGAAGUGUGCUUGUUUCAGUCAGGAUACAGCUCCACUGAGGAGGGUUGAGGACGGUUUGAGUCCACCUUUUUAAGAAAAUGAUGAAGGGCUAAAUAACCAAUACAAAUUUAUAUUUGUUAAGUCUUUUUUCAUGCGUCAUAUGCUUUUCAGUAGGACAGCUUUCAAGUUGGUUCAUGAGUCAUAUGAUAGGACAUUGUUUUCUAAUUAAAUUUUUACUUAAUCUCAUUCAUGCAUUGGAAGGCCUAAUUGAUGAAGAAAGCAAUCCCUCUUUCAUGAGUAAGAGGCACUGGUAGAAAUUAUGGGGAAGCUUUUCUUCAUGCAAAAGAUCAUGAGAAUCUGAAAACAAAAUACAGUACUGGACUUAGGGAAGGGAAGCCAUGACAAAUUUUAAGAACUAUCUGG